AUCAACAAUGUCGACGAAAAGAAAAGAUGAAACCAGCGAGCCAUCAGAAACAGUGAUCCCCCUCGACAAUUACAAGCAGGUAACCGUGCGCCGAUUCAAGACUAUGAAUUUGGUGGACAUUCGUGAGUUUUACGUCGAUAAGGUCACCAAGGAGAAAAAACCCGGUAAAAAAGGCAUUUCAUUAACAGAAGAAAUGUGGAAGAAGCUCAUGGCAUCACAGCACCAGAUCCAGGAGGCGUUGGACCAACUCAAUAGCGAGCCGCCCGCCAAAAAGGUCAAGCAGGAAUCUAUACUGAAGAAAACUGUCAAUGACAGUGAAGAGGAUUAGGAAUAUACAUUAUAUGAUAA